CUACCAUCCGACGUGGCUUUAACCCGUACAGUUUACGCAGUCGCUCCAGUUGUGACGAACUCGGCAUUCAGCGCCACCGGCGCCCUAAUCGGCAUCGUUUUCGACAAGCCUAUUAGCACUUCAUCUCUCAAAACAUGUGCAGACAUCUUUUCCACUGGUUUGCCAUCACUGGGUACCAGUCCUAACUGCAAAUGGCCAGGCUCUCGUCAUUUGGUUAUUGCGCCUGGAGUCGAUGCUACUAUUGUACCAUCUAAUUCGCUGACUUUCAAAACUGGUUCUGUAAAACGAGAUGAGACUCACUCUAAAGCUUUGACUGGUUCUGUUGUGAUCGGAGCACCUGAUAAUCCUGUUAAACCUGUGCCUGUUCUCCUGGGUAAGCAACCUCGUACCCAGGCUCUUUAGUUAAUUAGUUAAUUGGUUAAUUAGUUAGCCAGUUAGUUAAUUAGUUAAUCUGUUGAUUAGUUAGUUAAUUAGUUAUUUAAUUAGUUAGUUAGUUUGUUACUUAAUUAAUUGUCAAUCAGUUAGAUAGUUAGUCAGUUAAUUAGUUAGUUUAUAGUCACUUACUUAGUUAGCUAGUUAGUUAGUUGAUUAGGUAGUUAGCUACUUAGCUUAGUUAAUUAGCCUGCGAACAGGCUCCCUUUGAACUCUGUUUGAAAUUUGAUUUCAAAGAGCCGGUUUGCAGGCUACUAGUUAAGUCAUUUAGUUAGAUAAUUGGCUAGUCAUUUAGUUAGUUAGUUAAUUGGCUACUUAUUUAGUUAGUUAGUUUGUUAGUUGAUUAAUUAAUUAGUUAAUUAGUUAAUUAGUUAAUUAGAUAGAUGGUUGGUUGGUUAGUUAAUUAAUAAAACAUAAUGAAUUAUUUCACUAAUUAAUCAGUUAAUUAAUUAAUUAAUUCUUUAACUAAUUAAUUAGUUGACUACUCAUUUACACAGAUAGAUAGAUAGCUCGUUAAUCCGAUUAGCAUGUUCUGCAGGUUUCUUUGUGUAGGAGAACUGAAACAGCAAAGAGACCCUGACAGUAGUUGGUAGGCAGUCAUCAGGUAGAGUUGUUACUGUAGCAAACUUACUGCAACUAAUCUCUGAUUCUUAUAUCCAGGUCCUGCACAGAUCUCAUCAUGCGGUCACCUGACAUUGGACGGCAGUCAAUCAUCAGGUGGAGGAGGAAGAAAUCUCGAGUAUGGAUGGAGUUUGGAGGGUCAGGGGAACGAUGAAAUUACCGCAGUCCUAAAUGCUGCGAUAAACGAAGCUAGAGUAUUUAUUAAUGGCAGCUUGAUGACCUCUGGCUCGACAUACACAUUUAAAUUAAGUAAGUUUAUUUUUCAAGCAUGGGGGUUUAGUGUGGCUAGCUGUGACCAAUAACUUUCAUCUCGUAUAUCUUAUGUCCAUGCUUAUCUUUUCUUUCCAGCGGUGAAGAACUUCCUGUAUUCUACUGCUAUGGACCAUUCCUUGACAGUGACCAAGGCACGAGACCCUCUACCUGAGGUUACGGUUAAUGGUCCUCGUGAAGGAAAAGUCUUUGGAAUGAACGCGUUUUACGUCACUGCCAAAGCAAAGGUAUUUUAGUUCUUUUCGUUGAUAUCUUUAUACAACUCGCAUGGUUUGUGUCUAUACUUCAUGUGCAUUUCUCCCGGCUAUGACCAGACUGGUUAUAAUUCGCCUCAGUCACAUGUGAGAAGAAUGCUUCCAGUUUGAAAACCCCAGGUUUUCUUCACGUUCUCUCGUUUCGUUCAGUAGUAACACUUCAUCAAAGGGAUGAUUCUUACCGAACCUCUCGAAAAGCAGUUUAGAACUGAUAAUGCUAUGCAGUAUUAAAUAAAGUUAGUUUAGUUUAGGUUUUCUCCUGUCGUAAUACUUGGUUAAUAAGAGAUGAUCCUUACUGGACCUCUUGGGUGAACGGUUUAGAACUGAUAGAGUUAUCCAGUAUAAAUAGAGUCAGACCAGUUUAGGCUUCCUCCUGUAGUAACACAAAACCAAUAACAGAUGAUCCUUACCCAGUGUUCUGACUUUGUUCAGGCCGCGUCAUGCUCGUCCACCAAAGCUCUGACCUUCGCAUGGUCCGUGAGAUGUACCCAGGGUGAUAGUGCCGAGGCUGCAAAAACUCGGGUAGAAGCAACUACCGGAUAUAAAGAAACUUCUACGAAAUUCGCACUGAAAGUUGACUCAGAUGCAUUGCUUGCUGGAAGAACCUAUGAAUUCACUGUUGUUGUGGCUCUGAAAGCGAAUCCUUCCACAAAGACGACGGUUAGGACUUCUGUUGUGGUCAAGUGGAGCCCGUUGCAGCCUGGGAUUGUUGGAGGUAUUUGUAGUCAGUUACUACACUGCAUAAUUUUACCUCACUCGCUUGUGAGAAGAGUGCUUCUAGUUUGAGUCUACCAAAUAUCAGAGCUUUUGGAACUCCGGAACACUAGACCAAUAAGAGAAACAGUUUACCUGGUCUCUCAGAAGAACAGUUUAGAACUGAUAGAGCUAACCAGUAUAAAUAAAGUCAGUUUAGUUUAGAUUUCCUCCUGUAGUAACACUGGAUCAAUAAGAGAUGAUUCUUACUGGACCUCUAGGAAGAACAGUUUAGAACUGAUAGAGCUAACCAGUAUAAAUAAAGUCAGUUUAGUUUAGGUUUCCUCCUGUAGUAACACUGGAUCAAUAAGAGAUGAUACUGGGACCUCUAGGAAGAACAGUUUAGAACUGAUAGAGCUAUCCAGUAUAAAAUUACGGGAACCACUGAGUAUUUUAAUAAAAUAUAAAACAACGGUAACUCCGAAAAUAAACAUUUUAAUAAUAUUCUAGCUUUCGACUAAGAUUCAGUCAUCAUCAGGAAUCAUUAUUAUUUUCAUCAUCAUUAUUUUCGGAGUUACCGUUGUUUUAUAUCCAGUAUAAAUAAAGUUAGUUUAGGUUAGGUUUCCUCCUGUAGUAACACUGGAUCAAUAAGAGAUAUCCUUACUGGACCUCUAGGGAGAACAGUUUAGAACUGAUAGAGGUAUUUAGUAUAAAUAAAGUUAGUUUAGUUUAGAUUUCCUCCUGUAGUAACACUGGAGAAAUAAGAGAUGAUUCUUACUGGACCUCUAAGGAGAACAGUUUAGAACUGACAGAGCUAUCCAGUAUAAAUAAAGUUAGUUUAGUUUAGGUUUCCUCCUGUAGUAACACUGGAUCAAUAAGAGAUGCUUCCUACUGGACCUCUAGAAAGAACAGUUUAAAACUGAUAGAGCUAUCCAGUAUAAAUCAGGUUAGUUCAGUUGAGGUUUCCUCCUGUAGUAACACUGGAUCAAUAAGAGAUGGUCCUUACUGGACCUCUGGAAAGAACAGUUUAGAACUGAUAGAACUAUCCAGUAUAAAUAAUGUUUAACAUUAUCAUUUUUCUCUUAAGGUGACAGGACACUAGGUCGUGACAGUGGUAAAUUGGUCCUAGAUGCAAAAUCUUCCACAGUGGAUCCCGACCAAGCUAGCGGUGAUUUAUAUUGCUCCUGGAAAUGUGAAGAUAAAUCCAGUGGUCAGCCUUGUCAAUCCUAUCUGGACAAAAAACUGAAGACUGACUUUCCUAAUCAAUGUGUUAUUGAGAUAAAUAGCCUACAUUUUGAAGCCGAGAAGAGUUACCUUAUUACGUAAGUUUGGAUAUCAGGACCUCUAAGAAGAACAGUUUAGAACUAAUAGAGCUAUCCAGUAUAAAUAAAAUUAGUAUAGUUUAGGUUUCCUGCUGUAGUAACACUAGAUCAAUAAGAGAUGAUCCUUACUGGAUCUCUAGGGAGAACAGUUUAGAACUGAUAGAGCUAUCCAGUAUAAAUAAAGUUAGUUUAGUUUAGGUUUCCUUCUGUAGUAACGCUGGAUCAAUAAGAGAUGACUCGUACUGGAACUCUAAAAACAUCAGUUUAUAACUGAUAAAGCUAUCCAGGGUAAAUAAAAUUGUUUUAUUUCAUUCUUUUAAAGUCCUUAUCAUUUGAAUAAUUUAGAUCCCAAGUGAGCAAAGGCUCUCGAUCUGCCCAGUCGAGUAUAGUGUUGACAGUCGUCGCAGGCAAACCACCAGCGGUAACAAUUCUUACUCCGACACUUCGUGUUGUGGCAAGUAAUCGUGUUCAACUGAAGGCAACGUAUAAAAGCAGUGUUAAACCUGUCAAUGUGGAGUGGGUCUGCCAACAAGAAGAUGGUAAGUUACCUAUCGUCAGGUUUUUAAACCCUGUAAAUAUUUGCUGAAGCUUGAUGGUAUUUGGUGUAUAACUGAGUUUGGUUCUGUUCAAGGUCCAACGACAAAUAGAUUUGUUCUGUAAUUUUUCUUCUACUUUACACCCGACCACAUAACUUAUCAAGCAAAGUUAGUUAAGUUUGGCUGUUGAACAGUGGAUCAAUAAAGGGUGAUUCUUACUGGACCUCUGGAAUGAACUCUAGAGUCUUUCCCUGGAAAUACAUUGAAGCAAUGCAAAGUUGCCUUACUUUGUGGGGAAUAGUUUAGGAUUAACAGAACUAUCAAGUAGAGUUAGUUUAGUUUAGGUUUCCUCCUGUAUAGUAACAUUGGAUCAGUAGAGAUGACUUAUUCUGGGCUUCCAGGAAGAACAGUUUAGAACUGAUGGAGCUAUCCAGUAUAAAUAAAGUUAGUUUAGUUUAGGUUUCCUCCUGUAGUAACACUGGAUCAAUAAGAGAUGAUCCUUACUGGACCUCUAGGGAGAACAGUUUAGAACUGAUAGAGCUAUCCAGUAUAAAUAAAGUUAGUUCAGUUUAGGUUCCUCCUUGGUAACACUGGAUCAAUAGAGAUGAUCCUUGUGGACUCUGAAGAACGAUUGUAAACUGGUAGAGCUAUCCAGUAUAAAUAAAGUUUGUUUAGUUUAGGUUUCCUCCUGUAGUAACACUGGAUCAAUAAGAGAUGAUCCUUACUGGACCUCUAGGGAGAACAGUUUAGAACUGAUAGAGCUAACCAGUAUAAAUAAAGUUAGUUUAGUUUAGGUUUCCUCCUGUAGUAGCACUGGAUCCAAUAAAAGAUGAUCCUUACUGGACCUCAAUGGAGAACAGAUUAAUAGAUGCGCCCGUUGCUCGACGAAGAAAGCUAACCAUUAAUCUCUUGCUAGAUUACCGCUACAUUAAUCUGUCCGAUGCAUCUUUAUUCGCCGGCUCGUUUGAAGAAUACAGGGGUGAUAAAAAGUCAGUUUCAGUUAAAGUUUUGAAGCGUAACGUGUUAACUUCCGGAGCCUCGUACAUGUUUAAACUGAACGUCGAUGAUGGUAGUAAGGUCGGCAGCUCUGCGAUGGUUGUUUCUGUACGAAGUGGUCCAACAUCUGGAAGUUUCGAAGUUAGCCCGACAACGGUGGAACAAUUGCAAGAAGUUACAAUGCAAGGUAAGUCAGUCUUGUGACUCGAGAAGGCACUCUGAUUGGAUCUCCUUCAUCUCUUAACAUUAACCGGUCCAUUCCAUCCCGUUUAUAGGUUUGGUCGACCAACUGAUCUGAUCGGCUCUCCUUUAUCUCUUCGUAUUUCGUGUCUAUACCAGCCUUGCUUUCCUCACCUUCUUUGAAAUUUCUACUACAUCCACCUCAAAUCCACCUCUACUGCCACCUCAAAUCAUCUUCUGACCUCUUUAUUCCAUAAUGUCUCUGACCAGCUCUCCUUCAUCUCUUCUUAUUACGUGUCUAUACCAUCUCAACCUUGCUUCCCUCACCUUCUCUGUAAUGUCUAUCACCCCACAUCUUCUGAUCUCUUUAUUCAUUAUUGAUUAUUGAAAUACAUGUAUCACUUUGUCUUUCAGCUCCUCGUUGGGUUACAGACUCAGAUGCUUAUCCAAUCAAAUACGCAUUUGGUUUCCUUGACGACAGUGGCGUGUUCCAACGCUGGAAAACUCAAACCGACAGUGAAUACAAGAUUGCAGUCCCUCCAGGUUAUGGAGCAAAUAAGAUCCUUACACUACGAGUGAAGGUCAGGGAUUUCUUUGGCUCAGUGAAAAUGAUGGAUAAAAACAUUACAGUGAAUGAGCCUUCUAGUAUUGAUGAGAGUCAUGUUGAGGACCUGAUGGAGGAAGGUUAAUAAAAUUAUAUUGUUAUUCUGUUAUAUUGAUCACCAUGCAUAAUUAUCAUCAUCGUCAUAUCCAUCAUCACCAUGAUUACCACCAUUACAUAUCACCAUCAUAAUUGCCACCACCAUUAUCACUACCGUCAUCACCAUCAUUACCACCAUCAUAUCACCACCACCAUCAUCAUUAGCACCACUAUCAUCAUUACCACCACCAUCAUCAUUACCAUCACCAUGAUUACCACCAUCACAUAUCACCAUCACAAUUACCACCACUAUUAUCACUACCGUCAUCACCAUCAUUACCACCAUCAUAUCACCACCACCACCAUCAUCAUCAUCAUCAUCAUUACCACUAUCAUCAUUACCACCACCAUCAUCAUUACCACUACCAUCACCAUGAUUACCACCACAUAUCACCAUCACAAUUACCACCACCAUUAUCACUACCGUCAUCACCAUCAUUACCACCAUCAUAUCACCACCACCAUCACAUCACUACCACCGUCUCUACCGUCAUCACCAUCGUUACCAGCACCAUCAUCAUCAUCACCAUGAUUACCACCAUCAUCACCAUCAUCAUCAUCACCAUGAUUACCACCAUCAUCACCAUCAUCAUCAUAUCACUGCCACCAUCAUCACCAUCAUCAUCAUCACCAUCAUGAUUACCACCAUCAUCACCAUCAUCAUCAUAUCACUGCCACCAUCGUCAUUACUACUAUCAUCAUCACAUCUAGGUAUUAAUAUUACUGCAAAAUGUUCUGUUUACUAGGCUUGAAAUCAGCUGAGGACACAGGCGACUUUUCCGAUGUUGUGCCAAAACUGAAGAAUUUUUUGAAACUUGUGAAAGGGAAUAGUAAAGUGUCAGGUAGGAAAUGUUUUCUUUUUUCCUAUUUCUUUCUGUAGUGUUACUAGACCAACAAGGGGCGACCCUUACUGAACCUCUAGGAAGAGCAGUUUAGAACUGAUAGAACUAUCCAGUAUAAAUAAAGUUAGUUUAGUUUAGGUUUCCUCCUGUAGUAACACUGGAUCAAUAAGAGAUGAUCCUUACUGGACCUCUAGGAAGAACGGUUUAGAACUGAUAGAGCUAUCCAGUAUAAAUAAAGUUAGUUUAGUUUAGGUUUCCUCCUGUAGUAACACUGGAUCAAUAAGAGAUGAUCCUUACUGGACCUCUAUAGAAAACAGUUUAACACUUAGAGAUUUAUCUAGUACAAGUAACAUUAAUUCAAUAACAUUAGUUUAGGACAAUUCAAAAAUGGACUUUCUAAAUAUUACAAGUUAGCGCUGGAAGACGUUUUUGACGUUGAUGAUCCAAGGACAUGGAAAUCUAUAUGUUUGUCUUGUAGCAAGUCUCGUAAUCUGUCCUGUCAAAUAUCGUGUUGUUAUUAGAUUUGUGUUGUUGCAUAGUACUAGCAUAGUUCAUGGGGCCGCUGUAAUUGGUGAAAACUGUUGCGUGCACCCUGCCAAUGGAACACAUAUUAUAUGUUGUUGUAAAUAAGUACCACUGAUCAGUACUGUUAAAUGUUGCAUGUUACUAGGCAAAGUUAAAUAAAUAAAUAAAUAAAUAAAGUAAAGUUAGUUUAGUUUAGUUUAGUUUAGCUUUCCUUGUGGGAACACAGGACGAAUGGACUCAAUACUGGACCUCCAAGAAAAACAGUUUCGGACUGAUAAAGCUACGCAAUAUGAAUAAUGAAGUUUGUUUAGUUUAAUGGCAUCUAAACUUUAGACCCUCAACUCUAGAAAUAGCGUCCAGUAGAAAUAAAGUUAGUUUAUUUCUCCUUCAAUCUUACAAGUCUAGCUCUAAACCUCGACCACUGCUAGCUAACUUAUUUUUCUUUUCCAUUCCUAUCCUAUAACUUUAUCACUGUAUUCCACAGAAUCUUUGGCAAGGAAAGUAUCAAACACGACGGUGACGUCCCUCGUAUUGGCGGUAAAAUCCACUUCCUUGGACGAAGAGAAAGCCAAGCCCAUUUUCGACACAUUUCUGGACGUUCAGUCUGCAUACAUUGAAGAAGCAUCAGAAUUAUUGGAUGGAUUUGAUAAAGUUGUGAAAGCUUCAGUCAAAAGUCUUGAUAAAGAUACCAUUAAGGAAACGCUUGGAUGGUUAGCUGGAGUCUCAGCCAAAGCCAACCAUAAAAAUGAUGCGAGUGUAUCAAAGGUAAGGAGAGCAGGGAUGGACUUACUCCAAGGAGGGGGGGGGGGGAGGGAGUGCACAGCCCCUCUAAGGGAGACGCAAGUACACAUCUUGUAGCAAGUCUGCCAACAAGCCGUCAACAAGUUGUGUUCGUACUGCUUGUCCAAGUUGUGGUGUUUCCACAAACAAAACUAUUAUAUGUUUUAUCGCCAUGCAAACAUACAAAGAACUUAUAAACUAUUAACAGCUUGUAACAACCUUGUUGAUAUUAUCAGACUUGUUACAAGGUUGUCCAACAAGUCCGAUACAGUCAUGACACAACAAUAUUGUUACAACCUUGUGUCGUCAACCUUGUAACAUUAGGGCCAUUUAUACGGAACAAAAUAAGACGCGACUUACAUAAGACGCGACUUAAAUAAGACGCGAGUUUGUGGUAUAAAAGGUACAAAAUUCUUAUGUAAGACGCGUCUUGGAUAAGACGCGUCUUACAUAAGAACAGGACUUUUAGCUGUUCUUAUUUAAGUCGCGUCUUAAAUAAGAAAUUUUAGACAAAAAAUUUAACUACACAUGCCAGAAACUUGAAACAACGUAAAAUUUAAUGCCUUGCAUAUUAAAACAAAAACAAACAAAACAACAUUAUAGCUAUAGCAAAUAAAUAGGACCAAAGCCGUAGAGAACCAUUUAUGCGAUAACUCCACUUAUUUAAGUCGCGUCUUAUGUAAGUCGCGACUUAUUUUGUCACGUAUAAAUGGCCCUAAUCUUGUUAUAUCAUAACUGUAUCAAACUUGUUAGAACAACCUUGUUACAAGUCUGAUAAUCCAAUCAAGCUUGUUAGCAAUGCGAGAACAACUUGUCGACAGCUUGUGAACAGAUUUGUAACGACUUGUUUCCUGAUCCGUAAGAACUGCGUUUUUGCGUUUGUACAAUGGGAGUGCCAACUGCAGUGCCCAGACGAAGUUAGGCCAAGUCACUUAAGCCCUGGGCAAACUAGGAAACAUUGUUGCGGAAACAUUUGUGAUUCUCGAUGUUUCCUCAAAUGUUUCCAUGUUUGCCCACCCUUGGAAACAUUGUUGCGGAAACAAAAUUUGCUUCCCGGGAAGCAAAAAUGUUUCCUACCAAAUUCAGAAACAUUUGAUGUUUCCCCAUGUUUCUCACUAAUGUUUCCUAGUGUUUGCCCACCCUGGGAAACAUGGCGAAACAUUGGUAGGAAACAAUGUUUUCGCAACAAUGUUUCCUAGUUUGCCCAGGGCUUUAGUGACUGAAGAUUUAGUGACUCUGGACUUGAGCGUGUCUUUCAAUGUGAGCAUUCUGAUUAUUUUCAGGAUAUAAUCAACACUUAUGAAUCUCUUGCCGACGGCUUACUGAAUGACGUCGACUUGGGUCAAUCUGCAGUAGUCACCUCACCAGCCAAUCCCAGCGUGGAAAUUAAAGUUGCUCACACCUUACUGGACGAGGCUGUAGCUGCUGACGACAGCAGCGAUGCAACCGAGCUGGACUUCGGGUCUGAGAUGGCGAGUAUGUGUGAACAACGAGAAUGCUCCCCGGGGAAGAUAUGCCUGGGAUGUCAAGUAAAAAUCAUCACUUACAAGGAGGAUUAUUUUAAUGACCAGUCUCCCGAUAAACCUAACAUUCUGCCCGACAAGGUUGGUUAAAUCUUAAACUAAACUAACUUUAUUUAUGCUGUAUAACUAUCAGUUCUAAACCGUUCUCGCUAUAGGUCCAAUAACGAUCAUCUCUUAUUGAUCCAGUGUUACUACAGGAGGAAACCUAAACUAAACUAACUUUAUUUAUACUGGAUAGCUCUAUCAGUUCUAAACUAUUCUCGCUAGAGGUCCAGUAAGGAUCAUCUCUUAUUGAUCCAAUGUUACUACAGGAGGAAACCUAAACUAGACUAACUUUAUUUAUACUGGAUAACUCUAUCAGUUCUAAACUGUUCUCGCUAGAGGUCCAGUAAGGAUCAUCUCUUAUUGAUCCAGCGUUGCUACAGGAGAAAACCUAAACUAAACUAACUUUAUGUAUGCUGGAUAACUAUAUUAGUUCUAAACUGUUUCCCCCAGAUGUCCAGUAAAGAUCUCUCUUAUUGAUCCUGUGUUACUACAGGAGGAAAUCUAAACUAAACUGACUUUAUUUAUAGUUCUUAUCAGUUCUAAACUGUUCUCCCUAGAUGUCCUAACAAACUUUAUUUAUACUGGCAAGCGUGUAGUGAUACCACAGUUUAACCUUCUCAAAUUUAAUAAAGAUCAUGUGUGAAUAUCUUUGAAUUUGUAAUAUUUGUAUUUCAGAUUGUGAGCGUCUCUAUCAACAACCCGGAGACUGGGGACGAGCAAUCCAUAACGGGUUUAACAAAACCUUUCAAGCUCAAGUUCAAAACAGGGAACCCAGCCAGUGGACAGAAAUUCGAAUGUUUCUAUUAUAACGAAGGCAUUCAGAAAUGGUCAAGUGAUGGGAUUACUUCGAUUGUGAUUGCAGGAGAGCUUCAAUGUUCCAGUACUCAUCUGACGUCAUUUUCACCGGCCAACACUAAGGAUAAUGGUACCCAGUCCGCAGGUAACAAUUAUGGCAGAUCACUGAUCUACAUAAUAUAGCUGGGGCUGUAGGGCAUGGUGUAUGUAUUUAGAGACUUCUUGGAAGAGCAGUUUUAAAGCUGAAAGUUUUAUCCAGUGUAAAUAAAGUUAGUUUAGUUUAGGUUUUCUCCUGGAGUGACACUGGAUCAAUAAAAUAUGAUCCUUACUGGACCUCUAGGAAGAACUGAUAGAGCUAUCUAGUAUAGAUAAAGUUAGGCGCACAAGUAAAUUUUGCCCGCUAAUCUAAAGGCGACGCCUGCGUUGGAGGCUAAGUUUAGUUUAGUUUCGGUUUCCUCCUGUAGUAACACUGGAUCAAUAAGAGAUGAAGAGAUGACUCUUGCUGGAUUUCUAGGAAGAACAGUUUAGAACUGAUAGAGCUAUCCAGUAUAAAUAAAGUUAGUUUAGUUUAGAUUUCCUCCUGUAGUAACACUGGAUCAAUAAGAGUUGAUCCUUACUGGACCUCUAGGAAGAACAGUUUAGAACUGAUAGAGCUAUCCAGUAUAAACAAAGUUAGUUUAAUUAAAAACGUAAACGUUCUCUGACUAAAAUUUUUAUGUUUUUAAUUAUGUCUAAACCUGGCUAUGCUAUCUCCAUAUUUUAAAGUUAGUUUAGUUUAGGUUUCCUCCUGUAGUAACAAUGGAUCAAUAAGAGACGAUUCUUACUAGACGUUUAGGAAGAACAGUUUAGAAUUGAUAGAGCUAUCCAGUAUAAAUAAAGUUAGUUUAGUUUAGAUUUCCCCCUGUAGUAACACUGGAUCAAUAAGAGAUGAUCCUUACUGGACCUCUAGGAAGAACAGUGUAGAACUGAUAGAGCUAUCCAGUAUAAAUAAAGUUAGUUUAGUUUAGAUAGAGUUAUCCAGUACUGAUAAAUAAAGUUAGCUUGGUUUGGGUUACCUUUCGCUGUAACCACACUUUCAAAUUCAUCUAAAUUUUGUGUGUGUUGUUGUUCUGCGUUUCAGACAAGACAUAUCAAGUAUCUUUCGUAUUAUCGAACACAACUUGGGACGAGAAGUACAGUGAUAUUUCUGAUUCAGCAACUGUAGCAUUGAAAGAUGACAUAAUAGCAGAGGUAAGUUGAUUAUCUAUUCAUUUUAUUAUUAUAUAAAUAAAUAGAUGUAGUUAAUUUGUUCAGUAGUUUCUAACCCUGGUUUCCAUAUGGUCGUAAAAAUAUGGUCACGAUCUUUCUCAACGGCCAGUUUAUAAUAGUUUAUACCUGUAAACCACAUAUAAAUCAUACGUAUUCUCUAGUUAUAAUCAGUCCACGUAUUUUCAGUUCUAAAAUGUUGUAUUUCGGCUGAUGAGAAAAAUCGUGACUCAAUCUUUACGACCGUUACGACCAUAUCAAACUAGGCUUUACUGUCAGUUAAUUAGAUCAUUAGUUGGCUAGUUAGCUAAUCAGUUAGUUAGUUAGUUAGUUAGUUAGUUAGUUAGUUAGUUAGUUAGUUAGUUAGUUAGUUAGUUAGUUAGUUAGUUAGUUAGUUAGUUAGUUAGUUAGUUAGUUAGUUAGUUAGUUAGUUAGUUAGUUAGUUAGUUCAAUAGUUUAUUAGUUAGUUAGUUUGUUAGCUAGCUAAAUAAGUUAUUCGAAGAUAUUAGCUUAUUGUAUAGCUAUCUAAAAUUCGAAUUCAAAUAAAGUUUAUUGUAUUUGUAUUGUAUAAGUAGUGAGCUAGUUAACUAGCUUGAUAUAUAGUUAGGUAGUUAGUUAGUUGGUAAAUUAGUUAAUUAGUUAGUUAAUUAAUUAGUUAAUAGUUUUUAGUUAGUUGGUUAGUUCGUUAGGUAGUUGCAUUAGUUUUACCAAUUAGUGUUCAAUAUAAAUGAUUAAAUGUAAUCGUUCCUAUCUAUAACUAUAAUUAUUAGUUAUAGUAAAUUAGUACUAACUUUUAUAAUAAUCCAUAUAUUUCUUAGGUAGUGAAAGCUUACAGUAAUGAUUCCUCAAUGAAAAGCGUUGCUUUUGAGAGUUUCCAAGACUUGAAUGGCAAAGUGAAAGUCACACUCAAGAUGAUUUUCAGUGCUUCAAACACGGACCCAGCAGCGGGAUUGAGAUCCAGUAUGGCAGAUGGCAUGUUAGGACAGUAUGCUGUUGACCCGGCUACCUUGGAUUUCGCGCAAGUGAAGGGUAAGUGGAUAUUCAGGGUGUUCAGUGGAUAUUCAGGGUAAGUGGAUAUUCAGGGUGUUCAGUGGAUAUUCAGGGUAAAUGGAUAUUCAGGGUAAGUGGAUAUUCAGGGUAAGUGGAUAUUCAGGGUGUUCAGUGGAUAUUCAGGGUAAGUGGAUAUUCAGGGUAAGUAGAUAUUCAGUGGAUAUUCAAGUUUUGUCCGUUAAACGUAAAUUGGGAAAGUUUUUUUGGCCGAUCAAAGUCCUUGUGUAGGAAUAAAUAGUGUUUUUUUUCCAACGUGUUUCUCCUUACUGUAGAUGCAAACAACGGUAGCUUGCUUUUGUACAUUUCAUUUCCGGUGAAUGAACACUGAAAAAUGCACCCGAUGGCACUUCGUUUUCUAUAUUUCAUUUCCGGUGAAUGAACACGGAUGCACACCGAUUACACUUUGUUUUGUAUAUCAGUUUUAAACUGUUCAUGCUACAGGUCCAGUAAGGAUCAUCUCUUGUAGAUCCAGUGUUACUACAGGAGGAAACCUAAACUAAACCAACUUUAUUUAUACUGGAUAGCUUUAUCAGUUUUAAACUGUUUCGCUAACACCUAUUUAUUUUCAAUGUUUGUUGUAUAUUUUCAGCCCAAGGCGAGAAGGAUGAAGACGAUAUUUCACUCAUCAUUGGCAUAGUGGUCGGUGUUGCUCUCCUGGUUGUGGCCAUCGCGUUAUUGAUGGCCUUCCUAGUUUAUCGCAGUAAACAAGCGGCAAAGGUUCAAUCAAUGCACUCUUCGGUUCCGUACGAGAGAAGCCAUGAAAAUAAAGCAGUUAGCAGCGAUCAUGAGAUGACUCCAGUGUAGAAACUUUGCACCUUUGAUAGACAGCACUGCACAUUUCUGUAAGUAUUUGCACUCUAAGUUUUAGAAUAGCUUAACCUUGCUUCCCAGAGCCUUUUUAGAAGAACGAUUUUGAUAGGAGUUGUGACAAAAUAUGCGCUAUGGUCCCAGUGUUAUAUACGAGAGCGGUCUCUAACAUUUCCCCGUGAGCUAUAGUUGCGAAAGGAUCUGCAAGAACGCCAAUUUUCCACUUGAGAAGGGUCUCACCCCUUGUUCAAUUUUUUGCAUCAAAUUGUGGACCCCUGUCGUUUGGGCGUGUGGAUCAGUUGCCCUUCUCUAUCUCAUCAUCCCCCCCCCCCCCUUCCUUCUCCAAACUCGCGGUAUUCCCCUAUACUGUCCCAAACUUUUUUCUCAUCUAAUCCUAAAUUAAUAACAUAAUCCCAGCCAGUAGCCGUUAGGAUUUCUAAUCUUAGAAUCAUAAUCUUAAAGUCUUAAACUUAAUCUUAUAUAACCAAAACCUAUUCUAAACUUAAUCCGAAAACAUAUAUAAUAACCAGAAGCCGAAACGAGACUCAUUCUCAACUCUAAUGACUAAUUCAUAUCUGAGAACUCGAAAAUGUUAUUGUAAACUUUACUUAAAUCUCCCGGAAAGGAAUAUCCGCUAUUCACCCAUUCCCUUCCGUAGCUAGUUUUAAACUAUAUGCAGGUUAUACACUAAAUUAUUUAUAUUUAUUAUUAAACUUGUAAUCACAUAAGUAUACAUAUUUAAAUAUGCAAGCAUUUUUUCAUAGUAGUAAAAUGUUUAAUGUUUGUAAGGAACAUUUAAAAGGAAUUGUAAAUCGU